ACUCAUCAUGAUCAAUAAACGCCACUGUGAAGCAUCUCCAUGGUCUCGCGUCCUGUUGCUCGGCUUUUAAAAUAGAACUCCCAAUAAUCGAGUCCCAGUGAAAGCCCCAUCCUUACAUCAGCAGCUGGACUCCUCUCCACUCCCCCAUCUCUCUACAAGCGGAGCCUACUCCCUCCUCACCAGUCUAACCAAUGAGUUUCGGCGGAGGAAGAAAAAAAAAUCAGGCAGUGUGUUAUGGGAGAGGAUUAAAACAAGUGUGUUUAAGUAAAGAACAACGACAGGUAGGAAGGAUCUGAUCCUGGCUCCUCAAAGCACAGCCCUGCCACCUUCAUGUCCUGUCUCCCGUCAUUACCGAGUCAAAAGAGCCUGUCUCCUGUGAGCGUGCCACGUCUUUACUGAGAUCCCACGAAACCCACCACUUCAUUUUCCCAUCCCUCGGAGCUACCACAUCGCACUGCUUCACUCGCCCUGAGCCAGGAUGAAUGAUGUUCAGGAGGCCACCUCCCCUGCGACCAGCCUCAGCGGUCCAGCUACCUGCGUCUCCAAAGUAGAGCUGCGCGUGUCUUGCAAAGCCCUGCUGGACCGAGACACGCUGAACAAGUCAGACCCAUGUGUCAUACUCAUGGUGCAGAACAACGGACAGUGGACAGAGCUGGACAGGACGGAAGUGAUCAAGAGCAACUUGCACCCGGUCUUUGCCAAGGUUUUCACAUGGGACUACUAUUUUGAGGAGGUUCAGAAGCUGCGAUUUGAAGUGUAUGACAUCCAUGGAACUCACAGCAUCGGGACCCGCGAUGAUGACUUCCUGGGUGGGGUGGAGUGUACUCUUGGCCAGAUCGUGGCCCAAAAGAAGAUGGUGAAGCCUUUGUUGCUGAAGUAUGGGAAAUAUGCCGGAAAAUCCACCAUCACGGUGCACGCCGAGGAAAUUUCUGGCAACAACGGGUAUGUGGAGCUCUCCUUCUGUGCCAAGAAGCUCGAUGAUAAGGAUCUCUUCAGCAAGUCAGACCCAUUUUUGGAAAUAUACAGAAUCAAUGAUGAUGACACUGAACAGCUUGUCCACAGAACAGAGGUGAUCAAAAACAACCUGAACCCUGUGUGGGAGCCUUUCAAAGUGUCUCUCGUAUCCCUGUGCAACUGUGAUGAGGAGCGGAAGCUCAAGUGCCUAGUGUGGGAUUAUGACUCCAGAGGGAAACACGACUUCAUCGGCGAGUUCUACGCCACUUUCAGGGAAAUGCAGAAAAUUUCCAGUGGAAAUAAGGUGACGUGGGACUGUGUGAAUCCCAAGUACAAACAGAAGAAGAGAAACUAUAAAAAUUCAGGAGUUGUCAUCCUCAGUGACCUAAAGCUCCACAGAGUGUACUCCUUCUUAGAUUACAUCAUGGGAGGAUGCCAGAUUCACUUUACGGUUGCCAUCGACUUCACAGCCUCCAAUGGAGACCCCAGGAACAGCUGCUCUUUGCACUACAUCAACCCUUACCAGCCCAAUGAGUACCUGAAGGCUCUGAUAGCAGUGGGGGAGAUCUGUCAAGACUAUGAUAGUGACAAAAGAUUUUCAGCUUUGGGGUUUGGUGCCAGAAUUCCUCCAAAUUAUGAGGUGUCUCAUGACUUUGCCAUUAAUUUCAACCCAGAUGAUGAUGAAUGUGAAGAGAUCCAAGGAGUGGUUGAGGCAUACCAGAACUGCCUUCCUAAGAUCCAACUGUACGGCCCAACCAAUGUUUCUCCCAUCAUUAACAGGAUAGCCAAGCUGGCAGCAGGCGACGGCAACAUUAAAGAUGCUUCUCGAUACCACAUCCUGCUCAUCCUCACGGAUGGUGUAGUGACAGACAUGGCAGACACGCGUGAGGCUAUUGUGAGAGCCUCCUACCAGCCUCUCUCCAUAAUCAUUGUCGGUGUGGGCAAUGCAGACUUCACAGACAUGCAGAUUUUGGAUGGAGAUGAUGGAGUCCUACGCUCACCAAAGGGCGAGCCUGUCCUCAGGGACAUUGUGCAGUUUGUGCCCUUCAGAGACUUCAAAACGGCUUCACCUGCAGCCCUGGCCAAAUGUGUUCUGGCGGAGGUGCCCAAGCAAGUAGUGGAGUACUACAGCCAUAAGGCCAUCUCCCCUAUGUGUCCUAUGAGGGACUUAGUGACGCCCAUCCUUAGCCCAGUCGCCACGACCCCAACAGAAUAACCACCCACCCUGCUAUUGGGACCAAGCUUUGCCCACAGCACCAGUCCGGCAAACUGAGAAGGAGAAAGGACGCAUGCCUCGCGUUUUUUUGGACAAGGACUGAAGAGAAAAUAUUUCUAAAUGUGUUGUUACUCAUUUAUUUCAUUCUCCGCACCUAUCAAAGUGUUUACACAAGGACGGUACAACAGAGGCUGUGGGUUACAUUUCUCUGCUCAGUGUGGAUCCAGCUCUUCUCCCUGGCUGUGCGAACCACGACCAUCCAGCUGUUUCCGCAUCAUGACUCCUGGAGGAUUGUGUUGUCCC